CCCCGCGCCGGCCGUGGCGCGCGCCGCCGCUGGCGCUCGAUGCGGAACUGGGCGGGCGGCGCAGAGCGGCGGCGGCGGCGGCGGCGCAGAUUGGACUUGGCAGACAGUUCCAAGCAGAUUCUGUUCCCCAAGGCAGCGAUCACGGCUGAUGGGAUAACUGACCACUGGAUCAAUGAGCAGAAAUUCCUUGAGAUGACAUAGGGAGGGGCAUCAAGGACAAUGGUGCAGAAAAAGAAAAUCUGCUCUCGGCUACUUGACUAUCUCGUGAUCAUUGGAGCCAGGCACCCGAGCAGCGAUAGUGUUGCUCAGACUCCUGAGCUGCUGCGGCGUUACCCUCUGGAAGACCACGCAGACUUUCCUCUGCCGCCCGACGUUGUGUUCUUCUGCCAGCCGGAAGGAUGCCUGAGCGUGCGGCAGAGGCGCAUGAGCUUCCGCGAUGACACCUCCUUUGUCUUCACCCUCACGGACAAGGACACGGGCGUCACUCGCUAUGGCAUCUGUGUCAACUUCUACCGCUCCUUCCAGAAGCGAGUGCCCAAGGAGAAGGGAGAGGGCGCGGGGGGACAUCGAGCUCGAGAGGGACAGAAGAUCCCUAAAUCUGGGGAUGUGUCAGCACCCCAAGAGGAAGUGGGCACUGAGAGUUCAGAGAGCGGUUCUUCACUGCAGGCUCCCAGUGCAGAGUCGACCCCUGACGUGAAUCGGUCCCCGCGCAGUAAGCGCCUGGCCAAAGGCAGCCAUCGCUCUCGGAACAGCACUCUGACUUCUCUGUGCAUCCUUAGUCAUUAUCCCUUCUUUUCCACCUUCCGUGAGUGUCUGUACACCCUCAAGAGACUUGUGGACUGCUGUAGCGAGAGACUGUUGGGCAAGAAGUUGGGGAUUCCACGUGGGGUGCAGAGGGACACGAUGUGGCGGAUUUUCACGGGCUCCCUCCUGGUGGAAGAGAAGUCCAGCGCUUUGCUUCACGACUUGCGGGAGAUUGAGGCUUGGAUAUAUCGGCUGCUGCGCUCACCCAUGCCCGUUGCUGGGCAGAAGCGGGUGGAUGUGGAGGUCUUGCCACACGAGUUGCAGCCAGCUUUGACCUUUGCUCUUCCUGAUCCAUCUCGCUUCACUUUGGUGGAUUUUCCAUUACAUCUGCCUUUGGAGUUGCUGGGAGUGGAUGCCUGCCUGCAGGUGCUAACCUGCAUCCUUCUGGAGCACAAGGUUGUAUUGCAGUCCCGAGAUUAUAAUGCACUUUCAAUGUCAGUGAUGGCCUUUGUGGCCAUGAUCUACCCGCUAGAGUACAUGUUCCCAGUGAUCCCACUGCUUCCCACCUGCAUGGCCUCUGCAGAACAGUUGCUUCUAGCCCCUACACCUUAUAUCAUUGGUGUUCCAGCAAGUUUCUUCCUUUACAAACUGGAUUUUAAGAUGCCUGACGAUGUGUGGCUUAUUGACCUGGAUACCAAUAGGGUGAUUGUUCCCACAAAUGCAGAAUCUUUGCCAGCACUGCCAGAACCAGAAGCUUCAGAGCUGAAAAAGCACCUGAAACAGUGUCUGGUUAGCAUGACUGCAAUCACUCAGAAACAGCUGCUCACUCCUGACAACAAGGCCCUGGCCAGCAUGAGCCUGAAUACUCAGCCCAUUCUUAAUCUAGAGAAGUUUCAUGAGGGGCAGGAGGUGCCUCUGCUGCUGGGAAGACCACAGAAUGAUUUGCAGUCUACUCCCUCCACAGAAUUCAAUCCUUUGAUCUAUGGAAAUGAUGUGGACUCUGUCGAUGUGGCUACCAGGGUUGCUAUGGUGAGAUUCUUCAACUCACCAAAUGUUUUGCAAGGUUUCCAAAUGCAUACCCGCACUCUUCGCCUCUUCCCACGACCAGUGGUGGCCUUCCAGGCAAAUUCAUUUCUUGCCUCUAGGCCGAAGCAAACACCUUUUGCAGAUAAGCUUUCCAGAACACAGGCAGUAGAAUACUUUGGAGAAUGGUCACUCAACCCUACUAAUUAUGCUUUCCAAAGAAUUCAUAACAACAUGUUUGACCCAGCCCUCAUUGGUGACAAACCCAAGUGGUAUGCUCACCAGCUGCAGCCCAUCCACUAUCGAGUCUAUGACAGCAAUUCACAGCUGGCUGAAGCCCUGAAUGUCCCAGCAGAGAAGGAAACAGAUUCUGAUCCCACUGAUGACAGCAGUGGCAGUGACAGUGUCGACUAUGACGACUCAAGUUCCUCCUACUCCUCCCUUGGUGACUUUGUCAGUGAGAUGAUGAAAUGUGACAUUAAUGGUGAUACCCCAAAUGUUGACCCCCUGACUCAUGCAGCCCUUGGUGAUGCUAGUGAAGUGGAAUUUGAUGAUUUUCAAGAAUAUUCAGGGGAUCCUGAUGAACAGACCAUGGACAGUGAGAACUCCCAAGAGAAUAACCAGCCUCGUUCAAGUUCCAGCACUACAGCCAGUAGCAGCCCCAGCACUGUCAUCCAUGGAGUGAAUCAUUUGUAUGUAACGCAAAUUAGCGAACAGAUCAAUGAUUUGACUGGUCCACAGGAGGCAGCAGACUCAGCAGAAAUAGAAGAGAAGUUGGCUGCUGGAUUUUCAAACCAUCUCUCUUCCUUGCCACUGCAAGCAAGCUUUCCCAAGAUAAGCUUGGAUCGUCGCGAGAGUGACAUCGCAGCUGGCAGCAUGAGCUCCUCAGAGGGGGUGGUGAGGAAGCGAGAGUAUGACAAUCCAUACUUUGAACCACAGUAUGGUUUUCCUACGGAGGAUGAGGACGAUGAGCAGGAAGAGAGCUACACCCCAAGAUUUAACCAGAAUCUCAAUGGAAGCAGGUCUCAGAAGUUACUCCGGCCAAACAGUUUAAAACUGGCCAGUGAUUCUGAUGCAGAUUCAGAUUCCAGGGCCAGCUCCCCAAACUCUACUGUCUCCAACAACAGCAGCGAAGGUUUUGGGGGCAUCAUGUCUUUUGCAAGCAGCCUGUACAGAAACCACAGCACAAGUUUCAGUCUGUCCAACUUAGCCCUACCAACCAAAGUUGGGAGAGACAAGAAUACCCCCUUUCCCAGCCUGAAAGGAAACAGGCGGGCACUUGUUGAUCAGAAGUCCUCAGUCAUAAAGCACAGCCCAACAGUGAAAAGAGAAUCUCCAUCACCUCAGGGACGAACUAGCAAUUCCAGUGAGAACCAGCAGUUCCUGAAGGAGGUGGUGCACAAUGUUCUUGAUGGGCAAGGCGUAGGCUGGCUGAACAUGAAGAGAGUGCGGCGUCUGCUGGAGAGCGAGCAGCUCCGUGUGUUUGUCCUGAGCAAGCUGAAUCGCACCAUCCAGUCAGAGGAGGAUGCUCGCCAGGACGUCAUACAGGACGUGGAGAUCAGCCGCAAAGUUUAUAAAGGCAUGCUGGACCUGCUGAAGUGCACUGUGUUAAGCCUGGAGCAGUCAUAUGCAAAUGCUGGCCUGGGAGGCAUGGCCAGUGUUUUUGGCCUGCUAGAGAUAGCACAUACUCACUACUAUAAUAAAGAACCAGAAAAGAGGAAACGAAGUCCUACAGAUGGAUCUGUCACUCCAGUUGGCAAGGACCCUGCAUCAUCCCCGAGAGUGGAGCCAAAACCUGCGAUGCAGCUGCCGGUACCUCAGCUAAUGCCAAAGCCACCGAGCCCUGCUGGCAAAGGGCCGAGGGAGUUUGACACAAGGAGUCUAAAGGAAGAAAAUUUUAUUGCUUCCAUUGGACCAGAAGGUGUGAAACAAUUUGAUUUGGGAGAAACGGAUGAGAAGAAAUCUCAAAUCAGUGCAGACAGUGGCCUCAGUUUGGCCUCAGGUUCUCAGAAGAGUGAUUUUGACUCUCUUCCCAGUGGAGGACCAACAGUUAUGGUCCGAAGUACAAGCCAGGAUUCUGAAGUCAGCACUGUGGUUAGUAACAGCUCUGGAGAGACACUAGGAGCAGACAGUGACUUGAGUAGCAAUGCUGGUGAUGGCCCAAGUGUGGAAAAUGGUGGCAAUUUAGCAGGAUCCAGAGGCACUGUGUCAGACAGUGAAAUUGAGACAAACUCUGCUACUAGCUCUAUCUUUGCCAAGUCUCACAACCUGAAGCAGAGUGUGAAGGAUAGCAAAGGGAGUACUCCAGGGAGAGGUCCAGAGGAUGGGAACCAGCGUGUCUAUCUAUAUGAAGGACUUUUGGGCAAAGAGCGUUCAACUUUGUGGGACCAGAUGCAGUUCUGGGAAGAUGCAUUUUUGGAUGCUGUGAUGUUAGAGAGAGAAGGAAUGGGGAUGGACCAGGGACCUCAGGAGAUGAUUGACAGAUAUCUGUCCCUGGGAGAACACGAUCGAAAGCGCUUGGAGGAUGAUGAGGAUCGCUUGUUGGCUACACUGCUGCAUAAUAUGAUUGCUUAUAUGCUUAUGAUAAAGGUGAACAAGAAUGAUAUUAGGAAAAAGGUGCGUCGUCUAAUGGGAAAAUCUCAUAUUGGAUUGGUGCACAGCCAGCAGAUAAAUGAUAUUCUAGACAAACUUGCCAAUCUGAAUGGACGGGAACUCCCUGUGAGACCCAGUGGCAGCCGCCACAUCAAGAAGCAAACUUUUGUAGUACAUGCUGGGACAGACACAACAGGAGACAUAUUUUUCAUGGAGGUAUGUGAUGAUUGUAUUGUGCUGAGAAGCAACAUUGGAACUGUGUAUGAACGUUGGUGGUAUGAGAAACUCAUCAACAUGACUUACUGUCCCAAAACAAAAGUGCUUUGCCUCUGGCGCAGGAAUGGUCAGGAGACACAACUGAACAAGUUCUACACAAAGAAGUGUCGGGAACUGUACUACUGUGUAAAAGACAGUAUGGAACGAGCAGCAGCAAGGCAGCAAAGCAUUAAACCAGGCCCUGAGUUGGGUGGUGAGUUCCCUGUGCAGGAUAUGAAAACCGGUGAAGGAGGUCUUCUUCAGGUCACACUGGAAGGAAUUAACCUGAAAUUUAUGCACAGUCAGGUUUUCAUAGAGCUGAAUCACAUUAAAAAGUGCAAUACUGUGCGAGGAGUCUUUGUCCUGGAGGAAUUUGUUCCUGAAACUAAAGAAGUGGUGAGCCACAAGUACAAGACGCCAAUGGCUCAUGAGAUCUGCUACUCCGUGCUGUGUCUCUUCUCUUAUGUGGCUGCAAUUCGUGGAAAAGAGGCAGAAAACAAAAGCAAACCACCUCGACCAGUUUCCAGCUGAUCAUGAUACUUGGGAAUAUCUACCAUUUGGCACACUGAUAUGCAGCACUCCCAGUUUUACUGCAGUUACUGGAGCUCACUUUCUGUCUUUUAUGAGAACUUGAUUAUUUAUGUAUGACCCUGCAAGUCUAUCCCCAUUGAAAAACCUAAGCCUUCCCUGUUCAGUCUCCUUCUGAAUUCAUCCUUAAUGAAGUUUUUAAAUGAGCUUUUAUUCAGACAGUUUUGAGCAUCUGCAUCCAGCUGUGAGUGACUUACUCUGGACAUUCCUUUGAAAUCCUUUUUUGUUAAGAUGACUAAUAGCUUGAGUUUGGUUGUUUUUUUGUUCUAGUGGUACUUGUUACAAUUUGAUCACUUUACAACUGCAGGCUUCUGCUUUCAGAUUUUCUGGUAUGUGCACAGUGGAAGCAGCCUGGUCCUGUAUGUUGUUUCAGUGUCGUGUUUUUGUUGUUUUCCUUCUGUGUUGUUUAUUUUUAAUUACCAACACGGAGUUCCUGUCACAUAGUUCUACAGUCCCUUUGGGUAGAGAUGAACAGUUUAGCUGUCAUAGUCUUAAAAUAUCAUGUGACAGUUGAAGUUGGUUAUUUAUUUGGUCCAUCUGUGGAGAUGACUGCUUCUCAAGUGGAGGGAGAAACUUUGGAGGUAGUUUAGUGUAAAAAGUCUCAACACUUCAUGGGUUCUGUGGAUUUUCAAAUGGGAAUUAGGUAACAUUUGUAGCUACCCCAGCAGUAGAGUUCACAGAUGCAAAUAAGCACUCUCUAAAGCAGGUAAUCACAGGGAUUAGAAAAUGAAUAAAGCAGUGUAAAACUUGGAAAAAUAACUGCCAGAAGCACAGUACAGCAAUCUGCAGAACAUGUUCAGAAGCCCAGAGGAUUUUGCUGUCUCUAAAUUUUUUAAGCUAUUGCUUUUUUUUUUUCAAUGUAUGUGUAUGAAGGGAUCUUGAAAAUAUUGUGUUUAUGUAUAAUGAAACUCACGUAGUUAAACUAUCCAUCGCAUUCCUUAUUUUAAAUAAGCUGGAUAUGAAUGUUUUUUCUGCAUCCUGUUUUUGUUCUUGAACUGUACUGCACUUGUCUGGAAAGCUCUUAGGAUGCUGGAAGGUGAGACUGUCUAGAGAAAAUAAUGUUACAUGUAAAAUACCAGGAAAAAUUGCUCUGAUACAAACUGAUGUAUGUUUUGACAUAGAAUUCUGACUAAAUGCACCCAGAAAUAGCCCUGUUUUGGCUUGGUCAGGUUAUCUACCAUUUAAAAUGGAAUAUACUAGUAUGGGUGAGGAUGAUGUAAAUAUUACAGUAUCACAUCUAUUUAUAGAAACUGUACAGCUCUCUGAAUGUGAAAAUAAAAUGUCAUUCAACCAGCAACUAGUUUUCA